CUUCCUGCUGACGGAAGCUGUCCGAUCUGGGAGGCUAUUGUGGCAUGCAAGAUGGUAAUAGGUUUGGUAUGUCAAGUGGGCUAUAGAAGAAUAUCAGCUCUAUGUUAUCGGAUUUAUUCAACUUAUGUCAGGAAAAUGAGAUACAUGUUCAAGCUGAAAGAAGAUGAUGAUGCUUGUCGGCAGGCCUAUAACUCUGGAACUUUCUUCCUGUUUUACAACUUGUCUCCCUUUGUGCAGCAAAAAGGAAAAGCGUUAUUAGCCCCCAAGAUAAAGACAGCAGAAAUUAAAAGACUUCUGCAAAAGUUUCAGCAGAAGGAGGAGAUAAUAGAGAAGUCCAUGCUGGUUGGCUGUUCGGAAGAAUGCACUCCAUAUUUUGCUCUUGAUCUAGGAUCCUUGUCAAAAUCUGCUGUUGAAUCUGAACUUGAUGGAUCCUUUGCAGAAUUACAGAAAGCUUUCUUCCAAUUAGAGGAGGAAGAUGCAUCUUUGAUUUCCAGGUCUCAGGCACUCCUUCGGUGGCAUGAUAAUAACCAAUAUUGUGGCAAAACUGGAGAGCCCACAGUGAAGAACUUGGCUGGGAGCAAACGAAUCUGUCAUAAAAAUGGAAUCAUCUAUUAUCCACAGAUGUCUCCAGUGAUUAUUACACUGGUAUCUGAUGGGAGUCGAUGUCUUCUCAUACGGCAAACGUCAUUUCCUAAAGGGAUGUACAGUGCUUUGGCCGGCUUCUGUGAUAUGGGUGAGAGUUUAGAAGAGACAGUCCAACGGGAGGUUGCUGAAGAAGUAGGCUUAGAGGUGAAAUCUCUCUGGUAUUCUGCAUCUCAGCACUGGCCAUUCCCAAACAGCAUGCUCAUGAUAGCUUGUCAUGCAUUAGUGCAUCCCCUACAGAACAAAUGUACAAUCAAUACUCAGGAACUUGAAUCUGCCAGGUGGUUCAGCCAUGAGGAAGUGGUGAAGGCACUUGAACGGGAACCAAGGCCUUCCAAAGAAAAGGAUGACAAUACCUCUUUUUGGGUGCCACCUAAACAAGCUAUAGCUCGACGGUUGAUCCAGGAAUGGGUGAAGAAGCAAACUUCUCAAUCUCCUUAGAUAAAACAAUUCACCCAUUUAUUAUUCUAUGUUAAAAAAAUCUGCAGGAGGCUGACGGUAACUUUAUAUCCAAUGUCUUUUUUGCAGUGGCCCUCCAUAUUCUGCAGAGCAUUUACUGGUAAACUAUACUAGAUCUCUUACCAGGUUGUCUUGAGAUUUCAUUGCUAUAGGCUAUAGAAAUCACUGAGUGGGUUUGGAAUGAGGAAUGUUGGUAUCCCCACAUGGUAGUAAUAUGUAGCAAAAACAGACUAAGCUCCUAUUGCUCCCUGGAGGCUAAUAUGAAAUAGCAGUAUUCCUGGGAUUUCUUAAUAAAGCUAUUUAUAUCAGAGUGGGCAAAUCUGUGCCUUGAAUUGUUUACUUGUGGUUCCUGGAACUUCCCUGGCUGUGCCACCAAUUUGGGGCAGUGGGGAUGGUGUCAUAAUUACUUGACUACCAGGAAGCUGUGUAUGACCAGUUUUGUCCUUACUGGGAUUCAUCAGGUACACAGAGCCAUUAUAGUUAGUAUAAAUCUUACAUUGGUUGACACUCCUCUACUGGGAAUUUAACUCAUGUGCUUUGUAUGGUACCCCAAGCUCUGUGAGAUGUAAUGGCCUUGGUCUAGGAUGGCAGGAAGGGAGAUACAGUAUAUGGACAGUCUAUGAGUAGUAUACGCCUUCACCUUCCUUAUAUGAGCUCUCAUUCUAGGGAGAGAGAGAUGUUGUUGUAUCAUACUCUCAUACUGGAGGUUUCAUAACUCUAGCAUUCAGGUGGGGGUGGAAUAGAUUCAUGUGUUUACAAGGUAGUAUUCUCUUCCAUUUGGAGGCAGCAAAUACAUGGAAAUAGUGCUUUAAGCCCUAAUACUUUAAAACCCAACUGCCACUGAAAAAUCUGAGGGGAAUAAAAAAAGGCAGCCCUACCCACGCACCUGAUGAGGAUGAUAUGUUGCCUCAUCUGCUGUGGUCCUCAUCUCUGUCCCCUUUCACCCAUCUUAAAUGUGACCUUCAGCCAGCAAAAGAUACAUAAUGGAAGACUUCCAUAUAUAUCUGCAAUAUUAGUUUUGUGAUUUAAAGUGUCAUAAAGGCAUGGAUUUGUGCAUUUGUCAAUUUUAAGAGAUGCCUUCUCUCUGUGAAAAUAACUCUGCGAUUGUUUGCUGUACAUAUGUGUCCUCCCACCCAAAGUUCUGCUUUCUCAAUUUUCCAGUGGGAAUUCAU